GAGGUGCGGUGCGGCCGUGGCUGCGGCCCCGCCGUCCCUCUGGAAGCGCGUCCCGCGGUGCCGGCGUGCGCGGUCCUGUCGGGGCUCGGCCAUGCUGGUGUGGCUCCAGGCUCCGAGGGGGUCAGCGCUGCCCGCCCGCCUCCGCCCGCCCGCCCGCAAAUAGGCAAAGCCAUGACCGCAGCGCCUCGGGGGCCAGAUCUCAGUUUUUUGAACGAGGAGGAAGCCAGGGCGAUUUUUCGGGUGCUGCAGAGGGACGCGGAGCUCCGGCGGGCCGAGAAGGACAGAGUCAGCAAACUUCUGAAGAGAAAGAAGGCUGAAACAGGGCUGCAGGGAAUAACUGGAGAAUGGUUUGAAGAAAUACAAAGAAAAAAAUUUCAGAAUUAUAUUGAUGUCAAUAGAAUGCUAAAACCACCACUAGAACAUCAGCUAAAGAAGAGCAAAAACACCAAUCAUAAAACAUUAAAAAUGGCAUCCCUUGCAAACUCUCAAGCACAAAAGAACACUUCAGCUUCCUUUCUGGGGUUCAGAUCACCUUUUGCUUGGCUUUUCUCCUUUAGAAAAUCAAGGAAAAACCAGACUCAGAAGCAACUACGAUAUGACAGUUCUCCUAGACCGUCUUCAGAAGUGGAAGCAAUGGCAGCGGCUGAAAUGUGUAAUUCCCCAAUGUCAACUGAAACAAAUGGUCAUUCUUUUGAUGCAAACCAAAAUGAAAGGAUGGAAAGUACACAGGAAUGGAAUGAACAGCUGGAGAAAGAGUUUUUCAGUGUUCUAAAUGAUCUGGAUGACCAGCUGGCCCAGGAACAAGCCCAAGACCCAUUGGACAGGACAGCUUCUACUAGCAGUGCAUCAAAUGUCCAAAACAGUAAUGCAAUCCCUGCUUCCAAGAGGCAGACUGCUAGUAGGGGACAAUAUAGAAAUGACUGGAGUGACAUACCUAGCACAUUUUUCCCAGAUGGACUGAGAACAAUAAGGGCCAAGGAUGAACACAAGAUUUUCAUCAGACCAAGGAAAUUACACAGUGCAUAUAUAAACUGGCAACAGACAGCCCUUCAAGAAGACUACAAAUAUGGUGAUGCAGUUGAUGGAAUUCCCCAUCGGCCCAGCAGCAGGCUGUCCUCCAUUUCCUUCGGACGCUCUUCAGAAGGGAGCUUAUACCCUCCUUCCAUAACACACAACAGUGGAUUUAGGCACAAGAGUUAUAUGAACAGGGAUACAGCUGGCAGAAGUUAUUCUGUAUGUUCCCUUCGGAGAUGUCCAUCAUCAGUGUCUUCUGACCAGCUGUCAGCAUCUGGUUUACAACAUCCAUUGUCACCGGAGAGAAACAGUGGUUUUGUUCCAAGGUUUGGUCGACAGAACCCAAAGAGAAUUCCUCUGUCUUCUAUCGUGUGGAACAACACACCAGACUCUCCUGGACAAACAUCUACUCAAGAAAAAAUGUUUAGAACCCAGUCACUAAUGGAAUUUCAUGCUACAGACCAUGGUAGAUAUCCUAGCUCUUUGCAAGAAACCAAGAACUAUCCAUGUUACCACACAAAACACCACUACAGAAGAUCUAUUUCAAGCAGUAAUUGCUUUAGUAGAGUUAGUUGCCCUGACAAAGCUACUUCUCCAUUGCCCUUUGAUAACUGGGAAAAUUAUCCAUUAUACAAAUCAGAAAAUAAUCUCUCUAGAUCCUACUGUAGAGAUACUCAUUCUCAUGGCAAGUUGUAUGCAAACCAAAAAAAAUCUCCUUAUGGAAAACAAGACAGCUAUCCUUCUUGGGCUGAUAUUCCUCAGUACUACAGUGAUGAAGAAUUUCUUUCCCCUGAUGCUGCCUUUGAUGUGAUUAUGGCUAAUCUAAAUGACCAGCACUGGGCACAUACAAAGAAUGUCAAGUUUGGUUCACAGCGCCUGCAGAACGACUUUCAGGCGUAUUCUCCAGAAAAUGCAAAUAUCAAAAGGAUAACAAGAAGUGCAAAUAGAACUUUUUCAGAAUUCAAUGAGGGCUGUCAGCCUCGGCUAAGUUGUAACUCUUUAGUUUCUUCAUCUAGUAUCAGAACUGAUGAGUCAGUCUUUCCUAACUCAAAGGACCAAACAAAACUUUCAGGACUGAAGAAGAAUUCAGUCACUGUUACCCAAAGAAGUACUAAGGCAGACUUUACACAACGAGAAAAAGCUGAAGGUAUGAAACUGCCAGAUGAAGGCAUGCCGUUACGGUCAGUUUCUCAAAGAGCAGAUACAAGCUACAUCAACACCCAGAGUUUCCCCUCUUCUGCCAUGUUGCAAAGCAAUGUGUCUCUCUUUAACACAAUGAGAUCAAAGAGACAAACCCAAGUGGCUGCCAGAGGAGAUAUUGCACAAAUGUAUACGUCAAACAGUGAUAACAGGAAUGUACAAAUGAAGGAAAACGAUUGCCCACCCGACAGUGCGCUCUGUCAGCCUCCCUGUAUCUUACCAGCUGACAAGAGCAGGAAGGCACCUUUUCUUCCAAGUCAGAAAGAAUGGGAACAUAAUCUGCAUUAUGCAGCAAAAAGAGAGCACAUCAAGCAGGGUAAUGGGAGGGCAGAAGCCAUUAACCAAGCUGCUCCACAGAGACAGUCUCCACUGCUGAACAUUGCUCAUGCUCCAUCCGCCGGAAGAUCAGCAGACUGUCAAGGCACGUCGUCCUGCCCUCCUGAAUGUUCAUCUAGCUCCUCACAAAGCUCUCCAAAAGCACUUUUUCAUAAAGACAACUCUAAAUGUUUAGGAACACUAACUAGCUCUUCAGCAGAUUGCACAGUUACCGAAUCUCAAGCAGAAAGUGGGAAAAUAGCUCAAGAGAGCAGAACAGGUCUUAGCAAGAAGAUUUCACAGAAAGCACAGCAAAAUGCAAGCACUUUAGUUACUAAGGACUGUAACGGACAAAUCUCUACUAGUCCUCCACAAAAUGGAAAUUCUGGACAUCCUUAUAUGCGUGGCUUUGGUGGAGGCCCCGAGACCUCUGAACAUAGUUUAAGGUUUUUUUGCCUUGGAAAAGAAACAGGAAAAAUAGGGAGUAAUUCACCUUGUAUUGAAAGGCUUCACAGGCAAGACAGUCUGCGGAGACACACCAGUAGCUGCAGCGUUACUGGCUCCCCUAGCAGAAACAGCCCCCAAUCUCCUGACCCGCUUGUUAUUUAUUAUACUUUACCUAGAAAAUCAGCUAGCAUUGCUGGUAGUAUGAUGUCAGAGACACCCAUCUCUUUACCUAGAGACAGCAGAACAACGUACCGUUGUUUAAUGUCUGAAACUCCACAUAGAACUGGUGUCUUUUGUUCUCAUCAGAAAGAUGUGUCUUGUUUAGACCCAAAACAUUCCUUUUUAACAUCAGCAUCAUUAAAUGCUGCUAUAAGUAACAAAGGAAAAGAUGACUCCAGUCCUAAUGAUUUAGUUGAGCUGACAGACAGAUGUAAACAUCUAAGCAGAAGAGAAUCCUCUGUGUUUUCAGAUUGUAAAGAGAGGGGAAAUUUUUUGCAGAAAUACAAAACUACAAGCACAUUUACAGUUUGCGUUGAUGAAGAUCAUGUCAAGUAUCAUGAACUAGUUUCAAUUUAUUACACGUUACCACGGAGGCAUUCAAGAACAUUUUGUAACCUCUUUAGAGAUAAUCCAGAAGAUUCAGAUUUACCUUGUCCCUCAGAAAAGGCUCAGUCACCAAGAAUACAAAACAAGAAAAACGAAGGUCAUGUGAGUUUAGCAAACGUUUUUUUCCCCAGUGCUUUAGAAAAAGAGGUGCCUUCAUGUUCCUCUGACCAAGUAUCUUCAGCUCCGGUCUCACCUCAGAACUUAGGGACUGCUGUUGAUAGUGAAGAAGAGAAUUCCCGCUUAGCUUCUAGCUCUGAGAGGAUAUGUACUUCAAAGUCAGUGAGUAUGGUACAGGACAGAAAAGACAGUUCAGCAGGUCUUUCAUUAGCAAAAAAUGUGCUUUCUGACACGGUGCCAAAAGAAAUUUCCUUUGGUGGUCCACAACCCCCUGCAAUAGCAGCUAGGUCAGGUGAGGCCAUUUCUGAUGCUUCAAGCAUCCAGAAUACAGAAAUAUGUCUAAAAGAAAAGAAGGAAAUUUUACAAACAGACAGCUCACUCGUGUCCACUUUAUCAACCCCUGGCAAGCCAGGCAGACAUUUAGAGAGUCCUUUGCAUUCUACUUCAACAAAUAAAAACAUUGUACAGAAGGGAAACUCUGAAAACUGCUGUCAGCCCCCUAAAGUGAACACCAAUAAAAACCUGAACAGUUUACUCCUCCACCCAGGAGAGAAUAGUUCCCAUGGAAGGAACACGGAGCUUGCUGAUCUGUCGCUUCCUCCUGUGGAAAACACCUACAGGGAUAGUGGCAAAGUCAAACAGAGAGUAAAUUUCUUACGCCAAACCACCCCUCUGUAUAAUAACAAGCGUAGUGGACUACAAUUAAAGGCUGACAGUUCAAGAAAAGGUGCAAAUUAUUUAAACUCUUGUGGCAAAGUGCUUUCAGAGUCUCAGAACAAAGCCUCUGAGGUAAGCACAGCUUCCAGUGCUGAUCCAAUAGCACAGCUAGAUAAAGCAGUUAGCACAGAUGCAGAUGAAUUAAAGGAUUCAAAAAUUAAAAAAGAGCAAAACUCACAGAGUACUCAGAUGGGAAAAGAUGAUAGUGAUUUGCAGGAAUCAGAGAGGCACAGUGAAAGCAGACUCAACAUUAAAGAUAAAGUCCUUAGGGUUACUGAAGGUCAGAAGAUAACUCAGAGUGCAGAAGACGAGAACAAGCUUCUCUGUGACUGCACAAGAGAAAAAGUCAAAGAGAUAGAGAAAAGAAAAAACAGACCUUCGAUUAAAAAUAAACUAGCAGCAGUUUACAAAACAAGUAGAAAAUUUUCAAGUAAAAACCUACCCCCCAAACCACGGCUAAGUAGCAUUUUUUCACAGAAUGAUGCAAGUGCCGCUUCUGUAGAGGUUGACAUGUCCCUUGACUCAUUGAUUUCAGCAGAUCCCCAUCAGCCAUUCCUGCAGCCAGACAUGGAAAAUCAGAAUCACAGUCUGGACCCUGAUAAAAAUACACCAAGAACAGCUGAGAAUAAGAAGACUGAAAAUCAGAAUGAUCCAUCUUUGCUUGUUAAUAACGCCAACUGGAGGUCUUUUACAGGUUCAUACACCAAGAAGGAUGCCAUCAGUCCCAAAAAACCUACAGUGAAAGUGGAAAACAGGCCAAGUCUUACAACCCUAUUUCCAGAUAAAGCAGUAACCACAAGAAAUAAGAAUUCCCAAAUGCUUGAUCUCAGGUUAGAAAGCAAAAGCCAGCCCAUCUCUCCCAGUACCACCACGUCAGACCCCGUGGAUGAUGACAGCGGACGAGCUAGCAGUCGUGCCUGCAGUCCUCCCUUGCCACUUUUCACUGACAAAAACUCAAACACAUAUGUAAAUAGCUGCUUGGAAACAGACAUCUAUCCAGAGCAAAGCUUGACUUCCCAGACAGUGCUUGCUCAGUGUCAAAAUGCCUCUCAGUCCACUAGCUUAAAAAAUGCCAACUUGCAUGGCUGUCAGUUGCGCAAAGGUCAUGCCAAAAGUCAGCGUGAGCGGCACCUUUCUGAGAGUGUUUGUGCUCGAGAUCCCCACGAGACCUUUGCCUCGGGAAGCAAUACUCUACUGAAAGAUGGUACACGUGGGAAGAGAUUUAAAUCCUACUCAGAGCUCUUGUCUUGUGAUGAAAAUGAAAACUGGUCAUCGAAUGAUGAAAAAUGUUACAGCACUAGAAAUUUGAUGUACCCUUCUGUUGAGUUUGGUAUAUUUGGCAAAGAACAACAGCUGGCUUUCCUGGAAAACAUCAAGAGGUCACUCACAGAAGGGCGAUUAUGGAGGCCUUGUCUUCUUAAUAACCCUGGUGCUCUGAGAGAUGGAGAGACCCCUUCUAUAAACAGGGCUGAGCUUUUCAGCUCAAGUUCUGCUGGCAGCAGAAUGUCAUCAGCUGCUUCAUCGCCCCGAGAGCCGACUGAGAUCUAUCCAGAAGACCCAGCAGCGUACUCAGACUCAGACAGCGAUACCACCACUGAUGACGAAUACUACCUGGAUGAGAUAGAUAAAGAAUCGGAGCUAUGAAGGGCCCGUGGUACUAAGAUGAUGUGAUAGCUUGGUGGUUUCUGGGCAGACAAAACCAUCUUUGAGCCAAUUCUUGUGCUGCUUCAAAUUGACUUUUGUGUUAAAUAUGUGGCUUCAUCAUUGUUGUUUCUCCUAGCAGGGAAAAAGAAUGUUAAAAAAUCCCUUCCCACAAUAAUAGGAGGUAAACAGCUGUGGAGCUUUGGGCAGUGUAACUCCAGAGAUGGCUUUCCUCUGAGUCAGCAAGCAGUGGCUUAGUCUUCUGCCAGCUAUGCUGUGCUGGAAUGGAUAAAUUCUAGCUUGAUCUACUUUUUCUUACAAAACAGAAAACCAAGAGGUUACUUUGCUGAUAAAUUGCUACUUCUGCAAGUUUCCUCAUUUACCAGAACAAGCAUGAUAAUGCCAAACUGUUCCACCCAACAAACACCCCGCAAAAUGAAACCCGUUCAAUUUUUACAACAUAUUCUGUAUGGAUGUUCUUUUUCUGCCUUCCUGGGAAGCAGAGCAGCAAUGUCCCCUGUGGCCUUUGUUCUGCCGUGCAGUUGAGGCAGAUUCCACACCGGUGUUUUUCUCCUCAGUGUUGCAAGAGCAGCGAGCAAUGUGAGUUGCAGAAAUGCUGCUGGUGCAUGGGAAACUGCUCAGCAAAGGGCACAGCACUGGAAAAUUGGCUGGAAUUCCUAGGGAUGCAAAGAAGCACAGCUAAGCACAGCAAUCUGCUUUUCAGUCAUGGGGGAUUCAUAACCAGCACAGCAUUGGGUACAGUUGAGAUGAAUGGAUAGAUUUCUGCCCUUGAUUUAGGAACAAGUUAAUUUGGAAUAAUAACCUGACACUUUAAGCCAUGGAAACUGUAAAAGGAUUUACUUUAUUUCCUAUGUAAAGGAUAUAUACACAGGCUAUUUCCUAAGGUGUCCAAAUAGUAGGAAGAGAACCAUAACCAAUAGAAGUUGUGGCCCCUGCAGCUGCUGGGCUCCAUCGAGGCAGCAUCACUUGCAGCAGCCCAAGAUGGCUGUUGGCUGGGCCACCACUGUGCCAGACAGACUGGCAGGUUUUUACAUACAAAGUAAAGCAAAAAUGCUCUGCUUUUUCCUAAACUACUGUCCCUUUGGGGUAUUUUUCAACCAUUCCUUCUGUCACCACGGUAUCUUCUUAUCCUUCGAACUGAACGGCUGUAAACCAUUUUGCAGUGGCUCUUCUUUGACCACGCUAACGAUGUAGUAUUAUUACUGAGUAGCCAGAACUCAUCCCUGGCCGUUAACUUUUCUCACUAAGCUUUAACCUCGUUUUUAGCAAAAUCAGAAAUGGCUCACUGAGCCAGAAGGUAGUAUUUUUAAAUAAUUACACACUUCUACUUUAUUUCUAAUCUCUCUUGUGGUCUAAAAUGUUGAUCCAUAUUUUUGAUACAGUUUGUAAUUCAAUAAAAUUUCAGUAGGACAUAAGUAUAUUUUUGUAACUGGAAGGACAGUGUACUGAUAUUUUAAAAUAAUAUAUUUUACACAAAACAAGCAAAGCUUGUAUCACUGACUACUCCACAAGAAACGAGAAGAUUAAAAUAUUAUAGGAGGUAACUGGUAUUUUUUUUAUACUGUAAACUUCGUUAAAGAAGUGGGUCUGUAGUUCAAAUCUGUACCGAUAUAUAAGUAUUGUUACUUUAUACUGGGGUAAUGACUUUUGUUGUACAUAGAAAAACUAAUAUAAACUAUAUAUUUAUAGCCAGAAUUGAUCUCCACGACAUGGCUGUUUUGGAAGGACGUAAAUGUAUGCUGACAUAUUCUUAGGAGAAACCAUGUUUUGCUGUAAAUGGCUCUAUUCUACAUGAACAGGUUUCUGUAGAGUAAGACAGUAAAACCAGCUGAGUAUUAGUGAGGAAUUGCUGCUGCUGUACAUUAAUGCAAAAUAAGUUGAUCCAAAAAUUGGGAAUACCAGCCUACGUAAGGUAAAGACCAAGAAAAUAAAAGUGUUUACAAGGGAAGUAAAUGGUCAUGUUUUUCUUCACUAGAAGGGGAUGGUUUAGAACAUUUUUAUUUAUAAGGAUUUCCUACCUAUUCAACAGAAGUUGGAUUAAGUUCUCACUUUGUUGGCAUAAUUUUUUUUUCACUUGCUCUGCUGUGUAUAUACAGGAAAUUGUGUGGCUUGAUUUAAUGUAAGCAAGGAAAAACUGCUUUUGGUCAUAAAUCAGUUGUGGAAGACUGCAGCCUACAGAGAAUCUGUAAACUAAUAAUUAUGCUGGGUAAUGGUAUUCUGUAGAACAGUCAGUUGCUUGAAAACAUAGGGAGAAGUGUCCUUUGAAUAGUGAUCAGCUCCAUUCAGUUUAGCAGAGCUCUUCCAGGCUUUUACUUUGGCAAAAGUAUAAUCUAGAAAUGUUCAUAAUUUAUAAGAGUUUCAUAUUUAAAUUUAUUUG